GGAGCGCGAGGGCAGUCUGAAAACUUAGGCGCUGUCUAUGGUGCUGAAUCGCCCCGCGGCGUCCCCUCAGUCUGUGAGGGGACCGACGAGCCUGUGAGCGUCAUCUUUUCCCACGAUCUGUUCAUACCUGAGCUCUCUCUCGAUGAAUGAUGGAAGUCUACAGUUUCCAGAUUUAACUCGGACACCACCACCAUGAAGGACUUGUGGAUUUAAAUGAAGAAUCCGCCUCGGCUCGACAAAAUGUUCUCGUCAUUUAUCACAUACUUUCACUGGUUAUCUAUUUACUGACCAGCGCGAGCUCGAUUCAGCCAGAAACGUUCCAUUCAUUCAUCAUGUUACAACAAUGAACUGCUGUGAUUUUGUUGCCCUUCAAGCAUAGGAGAUUUACGUUUUUAAUCAAAGAGGAGCAACGAUACCCACGGAGACAUGGCUCGUCUGCUUGUUUUGGUCAACUCCGUUGUCCUGUUGCUUUUUGGCAGCGACAUGUUCUUGGUAGGAGCAAACCGGCCACCAGCUCCGGUCAAUGUGUCUGUUACACACCUGCGGUCCGACUCGGCAACUGUAUCCUGGGAGGUUCCAGAGGGAGAUAUAAUAAUCGGCUUCUCAAUCUCACAACAGAGGCAAGAAGGACACAUGCAGAGAUUCAUUCGGGAAGUCAACACCACCAGCCGCUCUUGUGUCCUUUGGGACCUUGAAGAGGAGACUGACUACAUCAUCCAGGUCCAGUCAAUUGGCCUCUACGGUGAAAGCCAAGCCAGCAAGAAGGUGCAUUUUCGUACCCUCAAGAAGACAGACCGCUUCCCCUCUAACAGCUCCAAUCAAGAUGAUCCCACUGUGCAGGGCCUGGACAAGUCCCGCCAUCUACAAACAGGAGAGAUGAUCAUAAUUGUGGUGGUCUUGGUCAUGUGGGCAGCUGUUAUUGCCCUGUUCUGCCGGCAGUAUGACAUCAUCAAGGACAACGACUCCAGCAACAAUAAGGAGAAGGCCAAGCCGUCGUCAGAGAGAAGCACGCCGGAGCACCACAGUGGAGGGCUGCUGCGGAGCAAGUUUCAUCCUUCUGUGCCGUCUAUUAACAUCAUCGAAGUUUGAGGAGAAGCCAGCCGAAAUUCCUCUCGCUGUUCUACCAUCAAUGCAUUAUCCACCUUUCUCACUGAUGAGGAAAAAAGCUGAAAAAAUGUACAGUUUCUGUGGGUCGUCAUCAGUGAAUAAGGUCGGCUGAGCUCUUUUUGCAAAAGACACACAUGCAUGCACACAGUUUUUGUAGAAAAACUACAGGUACACACCCAUUCACCUGACCCUACACACACACACACACUCACACACACACACAACACAGUACAGUAGCUAACACAAACCUUCUUCUGCAGGUUGAUAGUACAUAAACUAAUGUUAACCCAUGGUGCCGUUAACAUUGAUGUCUUUGCCAGGUGCUUGGUAUGUUAUUGCAAUACAAACACACUAUCAUCUCUGGGAGGCAGAUCUUCAUGACUUUAAAUACGCAGUGUAUUUUUGAUAUUGGCAUGUGCAAUUAGACACCCUGUUCACCUGUUAUAGGCAACAUAGCUCUAAAUAAAGCAGCAUUUUUCCAUUACAUAUAGUGUUAAUAUAUUAUCUCAUCACAAAUGUAUAGUAUCUGACUGCUGUGGGCAGACUGUA